GCACCCUGGGCUCUGUCUCCCGGGUCUCAUCCCGCCGUCCCGGCUAUGGUGCGUGUGUCCCUGCCGUGCGUGCUGUGGGGCUGCCUGCUGGCCGUGGUCCACCCGGAGCCACCCACUGCAUGCAGUGAAAACCAGUUCCUGGUCAACAACCAGUGCUGUGACAAGUGCCCGCCAGGAAAGAAGCUGGUGAAAGACUGCACAGAACUCACCGAGACACAAUGCACACCUUGCGGCAAAGGCGAAUUCUUAGACACCUGGAACAGUUUGACGCGCUGUCACCAGCACCAGUACUGCGACCCCCACUCAGGGCUCCAGGUCCUGAAGGAGGGCACGUCAGAGACAGAUACCACCUGUACCUGUCAAGAAGGCCAACACUGUACCAGUAAUGACUGCGAGAGGUGUGCCCCCCACACAUCGUGUGGCCCUGGCUUCGGGGUCAAGCAGAUGGCUACAGGAUCUUCUGAUACCGUCUGUGAGCUCUGCCCGACGGGCUUCUUCUCCAACGUGUCGUCUGCUGUCGAAAAGUGUCGCUCUUGGACCAGCUGUGAGGCCAAAGACCUGGUGGUACUGCAAGAAGGAACCAACCGGACUGAUGUUGUGUGUGGCUUACAGCAUCGGAUGCGAGACCUGGUGGCAAUCCCCAUCGUGAUGGGGCUCUUGAUCGCCAUCGCCGUCUUGUUGUCUGUCUACAUCAGAAAAGUGAGCAAGAAGUCAAAGGACAAGGUCCUCCAGCUUGAGGUUAUGCGGCACCACCCCGUGGAGGUGGAUUUUCCCGGCCACAACCCUGCUGCUCCCGUGCAGGAGACCCUGCAAGGCUGCCAACCCGUCACCCAGGAGGAUGGCAAAGAGAGCCGCAUCUCAGUGCAGGAGAGACUGUGAGACGGGGCUGGCCUGGGACAAGGUGGUCCAAGAGGCUGGAGCUGCUCUGGUGGAGACAGCAAAGGGGUUGGGGGGGGCUGUACUGACACGGAUGGGGUGCAACCCCGCUGAGUGUCGAGGAGCAAAGACACCAAACACAGUUCACCGUUGAGAACUCUCAUGCCUCAAGCAGCCACCCAGUCUCUCCGCUUGCUUUUCAAGAUGGAGGAG